ACCUCAGAUGGACUAACACGGGGACUCGAUUGUCAAGCCUUGCCUAGGGUAAGGCCCACCAAUACAAGCUUUGCGGCUGCCCGAAGCCCUCGCGUCCCUCUGGCAAUCGCUGCAGAUCCAGAGAAGGAACGAAGGGCAGCAGCGAUUAGUUGUUUAGAUUAGAUUAGAUUUAGAUUAGAUUUAAGACUUGAUUAGGCAGGCGUCCCUGGUCUGCCCCGGUAGGAACCUAAGCGGCAUCCACGGCGUUCACUGCAAUACAAGGUGCAUGCCUUGUAAGAGCUGGAGCCAACUUCGGGGUUGCUGUUUGUAUUUAUUCGUGGGUUUAGGGCGCGGUUUAACCUUUCCCCUUCUGCCCCUUAAUAAUCAUUUCAGUGAAAUAUUCGCUUAGUCACGUCUUGACCUCGGCUGUUCGGUCUAGCCCAGAGGGCCUGCAGACCCAAGCGCUUCGCUCAGAAAAACAAACAAACCUGCGCUGCACAGUCGCAGGCUGGAGUGGGGAACUCGAAAUCGCCAACCUCCCCCAGCUCUCCGCUUCCCGGCCUCGCGCGCAGGCGCAGGCGCCGGCCUAGCGGUGCGGGGGCCCAAGCCUUCUACCUCUUCUCCCUCCCACCCUUGAGCCUCUCGACGCAUGCGCCCUCUCCGCAGCCGGAGAGGAGUCGGCUGGGAAAUGGCGGCCGCGGGCAUAGUGGCAGUUACUGCCGCUGCCGAGAACUCGGGGCUAGCGGCGUCGAGCAACAGUUUCUGCGGGGUAAACUGCGGCCCAAGUCCCGGGACGGGCCCGGGUCCGGCCUCGUGGAGCCGUUCCCUCGACCGGGCCUUAGAAGAGGCGGCAGUAACGGGAACGCUGAGCCUGAGCGGCCGGAAACUGAGGGAGUUUCCCCGGGGAGCGGCCAACCACGACCUGACGGACACCACCCGGGCCGAUCUAUCAAGGAAUCGCCUCUCAGAAAUUCCUGCAGAAGCAUGCCACUUUGUUUCUCUUGAGAGUCUCAAUUUGUAUCAAAACUGUAUUCGGUAUAUCCCAGAGGCAAUUCUGAAUCUACAAGCAUUAACAUUUUUAAAUAUCAGUCGGAACCAGCUUUCAACAUUGCCAGUACAUAUGUGUAAUCUCCCACUGAAAGUCUUAAUUGCCAGUAACAAUAAAUUGGUCUCUCUUCCUGAAGAAAUUGGACAUCUCAGAAACUUGACAGAGCUUGACGUAAGCUGUAAUGAAAUUCAGACACUACCUCCCCAAGUUGGCAAUCUGGAGUCUUUGCGGGACCUUAACAUCAGAAGAAAUCACUUAGUGCGUUUACCUGAAGAGCUCGCCGACUUGCCUUUAAUUCGGUUAGACUUCUCCUGCAAUAAAAUUACAUCAAUCCCUGUUUGUUAUCGGAACCUCAGGCACCUACAGAUGAUCACCCUAGAUAACAACCCCCUACAGUCUCCUCCUGCACAGAUAUGUAUAAAAGGCAAAAUCCACAUAUUUAAAUACCUGAACAUACAAGCAUGCAAGAUUGCUCCAGACCUGCCAGAUUAUGAUAGGAGGCCUAUAGGGUUUGGCUCCUGCCCUGAAGAAUUAUACUCAAGUCGUCCAUAUGGAGCCCUUGAUUCUGGUUUUAAUAGUGUGGACAGUGGUGAUAAGAGGUGGUCAGGGAAUGAACCCACAGAUGAAUUUUCAGAUUUACCUUUGCGAGUAGCAGAGAUUACUAAAGAACAGAGACUUCGAAGAGAAAGCCAGUACCAAGAAAACCGAAGCAGCACAGUGGUAACAAAUGGUGGAGUGGAACAUGAACUGGAUCAGAUUGACUAUAUUGACAGCUGUGCUACAGAAGAAGAGGAGGAAGAUAUGAGGCAACCCAAGUGCCUGGAUUCAGACAGCCUCAGCUCACAAUUCACAUCAUAUAUUGAACAGCGGCGUAUUUCUCAUGAGAGUUCACCAGUAAAGCCACUACCUGUUAGAGAUUUUCAAAGAACAGAGGACACGAGAAGAUACUCUCAUCAAAACAGGAUCCCAGUUGAAGCAUCUUAUCUUCUAUCACUGUCACAGAGUCACAGUCAGAUUUCACAGACAGACACAGAAUUUCACCGGAGACGAGAGCAGUUAGUAGAGCGUACACGGAAAGAAGCACAACUUGCUGCCCUACAGUAUGAAGAGGAGAAAAUAAGGACCAAACAAAUACAAAGAGAUGCGGUUUUGGACUUUGUCAAGCAAAAAGCAUCACAGAGUCCACAGAAACAAAGCCUUCCUGAUAGUGAGUCGAUGUCAGGGUUGACUCAAGUGGGCUGUGCUACUACCCUGCCUCAUUCUUCUGCCUUCAGACCUCUCAAGAAUGAUGACAGAUCUACCAUCUCACCAGGUUCACCUACAACCCAAACAGUACACCUUUCCCCUCCAUAUUCUCCUGCUACUUCUACCUUUAGAAACCAGCUCCAACGACCAGAAAGUUUCCUUUUCCGAGCAGCUGUCAGAGAUGAAACAAAUCAAGGUCAUUCCUCACCCCUUCUUUCUUCUUCUACUUCAACCACUGAAUCUGCAGAUCCCAGAUCAAGACAGAAUUCCAAACAACGUGAGGAAGAGUUGGAGUUAAUUGAUCAGCUACGAAAGAAUAUUGAGUUCCGGUUGAAAGUUUCUCUGCCUUGUGAUCUUGGAGCAGCUCUUACUGAUGGUGUUGUUCUUUGUCAUUUGGCCAACCAUGUGCGUCCUCGAUCUGUUCCCAGUAUUCAUGUUCCCUCACCUGCUGUACCUAAAUUGACAAUGGCUAAGUGCAGAAGAAAUGUGGAAAAUUUUUUAGAGGCUUGCAGAAAAAUUGGUGUACCUCAGGAGCGAUUAUGUUUGCCUCUCCAUAUUUUAGAAGAAAAAGGUUUGACCCAGGUAGCAGUGACCGUCCAGGCCCUCCUUGAACUUGCCCCGCCCAAGCAACAGCAGCACCAGUUGUCUGCUGUGUAAAGACUACCAGGACCUUGAGGGUUUGUCUUGGCCAAGCAGAAGAGAGAGAUGAUGUGACUACCACUGCCAGGCUUCUGGUUUUUUGAAAGUGUGUAUCUGUCGGUGUGUUUUCUUAGAAGGGAUUAUUUCCAGAAUUCCUGACAGGAAUGUUUUGCUUCAUUUCUCCAUUUUAGGGGAGAUUAUGCCAUUUGAUUUGGAGGAAUACUCUGGCCUCCCUUAAAGUACGCUUUAUUUGGUCCUAUGGGAGGAUUAUUGUUGCAGUAGAAUUACUGGCCCAAACUGACUAUUCAAUUUUAAUGCAAUGUGUUUUAUUGUACAGAGGUUUACUUUAAGAUACCUAAUAGAAUUUCCUCACAGCAACACAGUUUGAUCCCAUUCAGACACAAUCAUGAUAACUUCUUAUCCUCUUCUGUAAGUCCCACAAAAAGAACUAAGUAAAUUAAGUAUUAACUUUCUGAAGUAAUGUUCCAUCAUUUGUCUUUUCUAGUCACACAUAAGAAUCAAUUAAACUAAAAGCCAUGGUAUGUCAUAUCAAAACCAAAACAAAAAUAGUACAGUGUGAUUGAUCAUAGGUGUACACAGAUGAGUCCAUUCCAAAGAACCUGUAUAUAAUGUGAUACAGAGGGUUGAUUUUAUCUGCUCCUAAGCCCAGUGUCCCAGGUUUGCCCACCUCUGUCUUCUCUCACUUCCGCUUGUGUCCGGAUUUUGUAGAAAGAGGUUCUAACUAUCAAUUGGUUGGAGUCUUUGAUCUUUUUUUCUGGGCAUCCCGAUAAAAAAGAUCUGUGAAAACAAGUUCUAAAUUCUUUAGGCUUAAGAAAGAAAGGUCUGCACCAUCAUUCCCAUUCCCAUUCUCAUUCCCUCUCGGCGCUUUUACCUCUUCAUUACAGUUAUCAUAGCACUAGAUGAGAGAAGACAAGGCAAACACUCCCCGAGUUUUGAAGCUAACAGAAUGCCUUCAAAAACGAGCAGAAAAGAAAGACAAUCUUUUCCUUUUAGGUCUAAGCCUGUGCUAAUUUCCGUAGUUGAAUUUAGUUAUAGGCAUCUUAGAAAGAUGGGCUGGGAAAUCUACUGAGAAAUAGUAUGUUACAUAGAUCACUGGACCUGAAGGCCUGGGUUUGAGUCCCAUUUCUUCCAUUGGCAUUGUGGCCGUGGCCAAAACAUUCACCUCCCUGGUUCUCAAAUUCUUUAUCUGUAAAAGGAAGGAGUUGAACUAGAUAAUAUCUGUUUUCUUCUAGCACUAACAUUCAGUGAGCCUGUUCACCUGAACUAAAGAUAUCACCUGAUUUUGAAGUCUGUCACUGAAGAAGAAACCAUUCAAAGGACCCUCAGCCAGAGACUUAAGUCUGACCCAUUCUGCAUUUUUACCAUUAACCUCAUUGCCAGUUCUCUCUUAAGUUAGAUCUCCCAGCAUUAGCUGCCCCUGUAAACCAAAUUAAUAGGGUCUGAAAGGAUUAAGGAGCCAUUCAUCUGGAUUCUUGGCUGCCGGUGUGUGUACUUAGGUAUGAGACUUUAUUUAAAUGGCAUAGUCCUCUUUAGAUCAUGCCGACGCAGCCACCUGAAUGUGCUGCUUUCACCUGUGCCUGUGUUCUCAUCCUGCACCAUUCUUAGCUGUGUAUUUCCCUAAAUCCUCCUUAGAGGGCCCAUCCAUUGCACUAGAAGUGCCACCCUGGCCAUCUGUCAUCACUCAUAUCCUAGCUGAUAUCUUUAUGCCAUUUCUCAUGCAUGAAAGUGCCCUUGAUAAUAUGUCACAGCCUGAUCACCUCAGGCAUGCCAGUGAUCAAAAAAUCUGGGCUUGAGUCCCAGCCAUGCAACUACCACUUCUGUGACCUCAGAACCUCCCUGAACCUCACCAGUCCUAUCUGCAAAGUGUAAGAAUUGGGCUAGACAACCUCUAGGAUCCUUUCCAUCUCUGCAUCCUAUGAACUUUUGACAAAAUAAAAAUCCUCUUUUUCUAGCAUAGAAAUCUGAAGUUUAGCAAUGUGGUCAUUUAGACCAGGUUUAAAAUGGAACAACUAUUCAUGUAUUUGGGAUGCAGCGGAAUCUGAUUCUGAGCUCAGAGCUACACCUGACGUAGGUGGGGGCAGGGGCAGCAGCACAGGUGGCUGGGAUUCCCUGGGAGGUUCUCAGGGAUGAACAGCGGCAGUGGAGCAAGUGUAGUGGGAGCCAGACCCCAUGGUUUUCAAGAAUCCACACAAACUCACCAACCAUAUGGCUUAGAACUUAGAUUUGUGCUUGUGUGAAUUUUGUUUGUUUGAUGACAAACUCCCAUAGCCAGACAUAAAGAGAGCUAUAACAUUUAAAUAUAAUUAUAUCCGUGUGCAGACACUGGCACCUAAAAAUCUGUACGGUCACAUGCUCACAUUCAGGAGUAGCCUGGUACAGUAGAAAUAGCACUAUUUGGCAUUGAAGGAUCUGGGUUCAAAUUCUGAUUCUCUUACCUGCUACCUCUGUGGCUUUUGAGAAUUCACUUCAUUAUUCUUCUGUAAGAUAAGCAUCUUCAUAUAUAAAAUGAAGGGGUGGUUCUUUCUGGCUCUAAAUGCUGUGCCGUAGAUCUCCAGGAUAAAAAGAGGUACCUAAAACAAUGUCUGAGCUAUCUGUUUAUUUAACAUAAAACAUACGUGAACUUGCUGCAGCUUCUCGUUGCAUUUAGAGUGGGGGUAGAAAUUUUUUCUGGCUCCCUGCAGUUUUUUUCAUUUGGUUGUAGUCAUGAAAAAAUAAAUGUCACCUGUGUAUUGAAUUGUAUUUUUCUAUGUCAAAAGCAAGAACCAAUCAUGUUUUCUUUCCUAUUGUAGCAUUUUGGUGUGUGCUCUUUAAUCUGGCUUAAAAAGAGCCUUUAUAUUCAGAGGAAGUGGGAAAAUGUUUUAUCAUUUCCCUUACAGCUUAUUAUUUUUAAAAAACACAACUAAUUAAAUAACCCAUCAUCUCUGUUACUUUUAGAAGCUCCACAGUAUCUGGUGAUGUGUGCUUAUCCAGAUGAAUUCUAAUGGUUCUAUAAAAAAAAGGACUUGCAAAACAGUUAUAGGAAUGAAGGAAAAUGUAGACAUUUGAAAACCUUUCUUUUAUAAAUACUGCAAUGAAAGAGCUUAAUAAAGCAUUUUCAUUUGGUCAUUUCAGAAAAUGUAAACGUGUAAUUAGUAAAGGAAUUUUUAAAACACUGUCAUAUAUUUGUAUGUGUGUAAAUACAUUCCAUCAUUUCUAAGAAGUAUAAAUAUGUCAAUAUCAUGUAUGUUAUUUUAAUUACCUAUAUGUUGCUAUUAGUGUAAACUAGCACAUUGCUAUUAAAAUAAAAACCUGAAACACUUAAGUAGCAUGAAAUAAAGACUGAUUUGAAAAUGUA